AGUUCUUUGAGAAGUCCAAUAGACCAUAUUUCAAUUUAAAAGGGCUACCAUUUUAUGGAGACUAAAUAAAUGUAUAUAAAGACAUUUCAAUCACUUUUACCUUGCUAGGUAGUACUUGCACUCCUAUGCAUGAAACACCUAGUUUAAAUAAAUGUAUAUAAAGACAUUCGGCCAACUUUUACCUUGUUAGGACUUGAACUCCCAUAUAUGAAACACCUAGUUCAAAUCUUCACCUAAAAGACUAAACCACUAAAAAUUACCAGAGAAUAAGGAAACUUCUUUAUUGAUGUUUCAAAAUCUUUUGUAGUUACAACCUAACCCUACUAUUUUAUGUCUUAGGUUCAAAAAGCUGAGCUUCGAAAGAAAGAAUGGAAAUAUUUUGUUCAUUACCUUGGUUGGAAUAAAAAGUGAGUGUGCCUUCUAUCAGAUAAGCAGCAUGAGCUGUUAUAUUUUUUGAGUUCAUAUAUUGGGUUCAAGGACCUUAUAGGUUAUUCUUUAAUCUUUUCCUUCCAACAAAUCUGCAUCAAUAUGAUAAUUCUGUGUCUUGAGGUCUGUGAUUUGGGUAUUGUGCUAACCAUCUUAAAGCAGCACCUUUUUGUACCAAACUAGAGUAUUCAAUAACUUGUUUCUCAUUCUUUUCCCUUUACAGUACAUAUAAUUUAUUUUUGCUCACUACUGUGUGAAAAUCGCUCUCUCAGUUUUCUUUCCUAACUUAUGGACUUUAAGAUAUACUUAGUGAUGCAACCCACUUUAAAAAAGUUCUAAGUUCUUUUUUCCCUUUUCUUUAGGGAUUUUCCCAAAUCCUAAACAUUUAGUUUCAAGAAAAUGAGCAAUGGUCAUUGCAAACUUUGCUUUCUCUGGUUGAAUAUGUUCCUUUUACACUUACUACCAAUUUUUUUAAUAAUUCAUUCAUGCAAUCAUGUCAUCAUCAAGACUUGUCAGGCAGAGGACCUUUUAUAUUUAAGAUGCUAGAAAAUGUAUGCUUCCAUUGAUGUAUCCCCUUUUUCAAAAAGGGAAAUGGAAAUCAUUACUAUGGCUUGGACAUCUUGCCAACAGUUGGGACGAAUGGGUAGGUGUUGACCGGCUGUUGAAACAUACUGAAGAGAAUGUCAUGAAGCAGCACGCCCUUGAAAAAAAACAAGGUGUUGAUAAGACUUCUAAGUCUGGGCGUUCUACUCAGACCAAACCAAAAGGUCCCGCGGAUGCAAAAGUGGAUAAAGAAGACCUCAAAAACAAUGGGUCAAAAGGGAAGAAGCGAAAGGGCAAUUCAGCCAUUGAGAACAACAACUCAUCUAUGGAGAAGCUCAUCAAAAUUCAGAUCCCAUCAGCUCUAAAGAAGCAGCUUGUUGAUGAUUGGGAAUUUGUUUCCCAGCAGGAUAAGCUUGUUAUACUUCCUCGAUCACCCAAUGUUGAUGAUAUCUUGAUGAAGUACCUUGAAUACAGAUCCAAGAAGGAUGGCAUAAUGAUGGAUUCAAUUGGAGAAAUCCUCAAGGGUAUUCGGUGUUACUUUGAUAAAGCUUUGCCUGUGAUGCUUCUUUACAAAAAAGAGCGCCAACAGUACCGAGAAGCAGUCCUCAGUGAUGCCUCCCCUUCAACAAUAUAUGGUGCAGAGCACUUACUUCGCCUCUUUGUUAAGUUGCCGGAGCUGUUGGCAUAUGCUAAUGUUGAAGAGGAAACAUUGACCAACUUGCAGCAGAAAUUGCUGGAUUUUCUCAAGUUUCUGCAAAAAAAUCAGAGCAGCUUUUUCCUUUCUAGUUAUGAUGGGCCCAAAGGUUCGGAGGGUAAAGUAAAAGAUGAUUAGCCAUCCAAACUUUUCUACCAUCUCUGUUUUUUCAUAAACUCCAUUACCAGUUCCAGUUGACAAAUUUGGCGGAAAGCAUCUCCUGUUGUGCUGGUAUACUGUCUUCCACUUCUAUAAUCCGAUGGAGACAGCACCUUAUUGUUGUUGUAACAGUAGAAUUGAUCAUUGUUUGUUUACCUAUCAUCAGGAUGUCCGGUGACAUUUUAUGAGAUGUAUAAUAGCUAAUGAUUGUUUCCUCAAGCCUUGGUGUAAUGAUCUUUGUAGCAAGUACCGGUGAUGAGAACUAGAUAUUGAAAUUGUAAUCCUUUUCUCCUUUAAAUUGAAAGCAAGGCUGAUUACAUGUGUGCCAA